CGAAAGAACGCAAUCUCAUCGCAAGAAAAGAAAAAAAAUCCUAUUCAAAUCGAAACCCCUCUCUUUGAUCUCGUCGCCGAGGAAUUAGGAGGAGAGAGAGCAAUGGCCGCCGAGGAGGGAGUCGUGAUCGCCUGCCACAACAAGGACGAGUUCGACGCCCAGAUGACCAAGGCCAAGGAGGCCGGCAAAGUGGUCAUAAUUGACUUCACUGCUUCCUGGUGUGGCCCUUGCCGCUUCAUCGCCCCAGUGUUCGCUGAAUACGCCAAAAAGUUCCCUGGUGCUGUCUUCCUGAAGGUUGAUGUUGAUGAGCUGAAGGAAGUUGCUGAAAAGUACAAUGUCGAGGCAAUGCCGACCUUCCUAUUCAUCAAGGAUGGUGCUGAGGCUGACAAGGUCGUUGGCGCCAGGAAGGAUGACCUCCAGAACACCAUCGUGAAGCACGUCGGUGCCACUGCUGCAUCUGCUUCUGCCUAAGAAUUCUCGCAGGCGCAAGUUAUCAAAUAAGGGCCAGCACCUGGUGUUGUAGUAGGUAUUAGCGUUAGUCAUCGUUAUCGUCAGUUUGGCUUGGGUGUCCUCGAAUAUCAUGCGAAAUCGAUUCCGAGUUCUCUUUUUAAAAUUCCUGAUGAUGAUAUAUAGUUUGUGGAAAUUUGGAUCUGGCUAUUCUGUACGAGUUUGCUGACUAUUAAAGCAAUUAUUAUAAUAUGAUGAUGCUGGCAAGCUUGUAGAUAGCUUGAAUUUGUCCUGAA